AUGCAUCACACUUUCACUGGCAACUCUCGUCGGCCGCGGCAGGUCAACCUGAGUGGCCGCGUCAACGAUCCCUUCGCCGCAUUUUCGCCCGGCCGACAAACCCCGCAUGCUUCCAAUCCACAACUCGCCGUCGCAAUUGCACGCCAGGAGCGAAUCCAAAGAGAGAAGGAAAGGGAGAAGCAGAGUGCGGCCCGUGUCGUCCAGCGAGUUUGGCGGGGCUACAGCAGCAGGAAGACAACAAAUGACAUAUGGCGCUCAGAAUGGGAUACAGUCGAACGGAGUCUGGCGGAUGCCAUGGAGACCAGGGCGACGAUGGAAAACAUUCAGAAUCGAGGAAACCGGCAUGCCACCCCCGGCACGCUGUCAAGCGAAGGUUGGACACUGUCAGCACGGCGUCCCGCACCCUAUGCUACAGCAGACCAGUGCUUCUUACAGCUUCAGCUGCUCGUUCAGUUUGUGUCCGCACGAAAGAGUGACGAUAUCCUCCGCCUCGUAUACUUCGUUGACGCUUUUGAGCGGACCUUCCGUGGUUUGCCUACGAUCGCUACUGAAGGCGAGUGGACGACCCUGCUCAAACGGUUGAGCAGAGCUAUUCUGAGUGUUCUCAGACAAGCUUCGAAGCCCGCUGUUCCGUUCGGGGCAAUCGAGCCUCUUCUCCAAGCCUUGGUUUUCUUGUCUAGCUUGAUUCCGAAGCAGAUGGCUAAAAUCGCGGACACGUACUAUCAUGCUAUGGCACUCCUCACGACGACUCACUCAAGUUUGCGUCUACCAGAAUUUGACGAAGAUGGAACUCGACGAGACCAAUGGAUCAAUCCGGCCAACAUCAAAGAAGCUGUUCUCGCACUUUUACGCCCUAUCACUUCGGAGACAAUGACAGCCUACGAGGCCUUUGCGACAUUCUACCUCACAAUUCCGAGCCUUGAGACAUAUCUGGGCGCGCUGGAUGGAUUAGCUAGCGAGAUAAACUAUAGAAUGCUGGCCUUGGCGGUAUCCGCUCGCCUUGCCCCAAACACCAAGGGCGUGUUGGAUGAUGCGCAAGCUCGCUCUUGGCUUCUUUCUUACCUGAUAUUCUUCCAACGAUAUGCCCUUGGCAGCCAAGCCAAGUAUCAUGCUCCAGAGUUGGAGUUUGUGACGGUGGUAUCGGAUUUGCUGAAUUCAACAGCCACACAUCUCAUGCAAGGCUUGGAUGCAGAUGAAUCGAAUGACUUGGACGAGCCAGAAGUGGCGCGCCCUCUGCCUACAUUUAUAAAAGAUCAAGUUACAGGUCUUGUCAAUCAGAAUAGCGUCACUGGCCUUCUUUCCAGGAUUCGCACAUCCCGUCUCCCCCAGGCGAAUACGACACAAAGCGACUCCGAUGCUUCUAAAGAGGCCAGGGUUCUUGCUACAUAUGCCUUGAGCCUGCUCCGAAUCUUCCCCAGGCGCGGUGACGACAUUCGAAUGUGGCUAUACCUCGGCUCUGCACCCUCAGGUGACCAAGUAUCCGGCCUACCCGCCAUCAAAUAUUUCUGGCAGGCCUCCAGGUCUAGCAGGGUGUUUGAUAUUAUCAGCAGAGACUCAACAAAGGUCCUUCCUCUGUUGCAACUGCCUGAUCAGGCAAAGGAACCGGUCGACGUGCCCCAGGACCAACGAGACCAGGAGUGGACAACCAUUCUUCUUUUCUUGGAGCUCUACACCUUUGUCUUAAAGGUCACAGAUGAUGAUGAAUUUUUCUCCAGCGCCUCUUCUUUCGCAUCCGCCGAAACUACCAAGACAUCAUGGACGCGAGAGAGCGCAUUGCCAUUGGACGAUGUCAAGGAUAUGACGGUUUUCCUCAAGAAUCUUGCUUUCACCCUUUAUUGGAAUGCGGUGGACUUAAGUGAGCCUGCGCUUCGGCCAACAGCAGUGAGCCUCAGUGCAUACUUCAACAGCACAACCAAUGCAUCUUCAGAAUCACUUCCUAGCACAAAGGAUUUGGAAACCAAAAACCAGUCCAAUAAUCUCCCCGGAGUGACGGGCAUCCCACUCGAAUACUUUAAGGGACUUGUCACUGGAUUGCUUCGGAUGCUGCAUGAAAGAGAUUCGCGACGGAAAUUUCUGCCCAAGGACCAUUGGCUUAUGACCAGUCGAUUUGACAUGGAAGGUUUCAUCCCCUCUGUAGUCGCAGAAGAGGAAAAAAGACACGAAUUCCAAGCUCGGGCUGAGGACAAUGACGAAGCCGAACCCGUGGAAGAAGAAGAAACGAAUCUGCCUCUUGGUCUAGCUGGAGCUGGGCACGCGCAGCAGACUAUCAGGGUCGAAGCAAUGCGUCGCCAACAGCAGCGAGUUGCUCGCGGUAGGAUUUUGGCUGCCAUUGCACCUAGACUCGAGAUCCUGCGGAACAUGCCCUUUUUCAUCCCGUUUGCCACCCGAGUGCAGAUCUUCCGCGAGUUUAUCUACCAUGACCAGCAUCGCCGUCGACGAGGCUUUGUUGAUGCCGAUAUUUGGCGCGCAUCUGUUGCCCAAGCCGCAAUGGGGCAAAUGAUAGAUGGCCACCCCGCCGUGCAAGCCGUUCUCGCGCGGCACCAAGCUGACAUCCGCCGAGAACAUGUCUUUGACGAUGCUCUCGAACAGUUUUACCAGCUUGGUGACGGUCUCAAAGAACCGAUUCAAAUCAGUUUUAUCGACCGAUUCGGGACUAUGGAGGCAGGUAUUGAUGGUGGUGGAGUGACCAAGGAGUUCUUGACUAGCAUCACUUCCGAAGCAUUCAAGACCGAAAGUGACUCCAGCAGCAUGUUCGCCGAGAAUGACCAACACCUGCUCUACCCGAACCCCACAGCCCUUGAACAGUGUAGAGAACAGCUACGGGGGAGUGGUGUGAGCGAGUCUAGUCCUGAAUGGCAAGGGGCUAUCCGCGAUCUUCUCCGCCGCUACGAGUUCCUUGGACGGGUGAUUGGAAAGUGUCUUUACGAAGGUAUCCUGGUCGAUGUCAACUUUGCACCAUUUUUCCUGCUGAAAUGGGCUUUGACUGGAGGGACGGGAUCUGCAAUGAAGGAGUCCUCCUAUCGGGCCAAUCUGAAUGAUCUGAAGGAUCUUGAUGCGGGGCUCUACCAAGGCCUUUUGCAACUUAAGAAUUAUUCAGGAGACGUUGAAGACUUUGCCUUGGACUUCACAGUAGCCGACACCAUCUCGAUACCCGGACCGGGCCACCGCACAGUGACGCGCACAGUAACGAAGGAGCUAAGGCCUGGUGGUUCGUCGAUUCCGGUCACCAACCAGAACCGACUGGUAUAUAUCUCCUACAUUGCCCGGUACCGCUUGCAACUGCAACCCCAAUACCAGACCAACGCUUUCCUGCAGGGUCUCGGACAAAUCAUUCAGCCCGCAUGGCUGUCCAUGUUCAACCAAGCCGAGUUGCAAACUCUGGUGAGCGGCGAGAACGCCGACAUCGACGUGGAAGAUCUCCGGCGAAACACACAGUACGGUGGUGUGUACACCAUUGGUGACGACAAUCAAGAGCAUGAGACUGUGCAGCUGUUUUGGCAGGUGAUGCAUGAGAUGAACAACGAGGAGCGCCAGAAAGUCCUCCGCUUUGUGACCUCAACACCACGGGCUCCACUACUUGGAUUCAGCCAUCUCAACCCACGAUUCAGCAUUCGAGACUCCAGUGAGGAUCAGGAGCGACUACCGAGCACGAGUACCUGUGUCAACCUCCUGAAGUUGCCGCGGUACUCUAAUGCAGAGACGUUGCGGAGCAAGUUGCUGUAUGCAGUGAGCUCAGGAGCUGGAUUUGACCUAAGUUAA